UGAAACUUAUCACACGAGCAGGAAAAUGGAUCUGUGACCUCCCAGCACACCCUUCCUUCCUCUCUCUCCAGGGGAGGAUAAAAGUCUGGCAGAGAAAAGCACCAGCAGGCAGCAACUGACUAAGCAACGGUUCUGGAAAGAUGCAGCCUCUCCUGCUCCUGUUGACCUUUAUUCUACUCCAAGGAGAUGAGGCAGGGAAGAUCAUUGGAGGCCGAGAAGCCAGGCCCCAUUCCUACCCCUACAUGGCAUUUCUUCUGAUUCAGAGUCCAGAAGGGCUGAGUGCUUGUGGAGGGUUCCUGGUGCGAGAAGACUUCGUCCUAACAGCAGCUCAUUGCUUGGGAAGCUCCAUAAAUGUUACUCUAGGGGCCCACAACAUCCAAAUGCGAGAAAGGACCCAGCAACUCAUCACUGUGCUCAGAGCCAUCCGCCAUCCUGAUUACAAUCCGCAGAACAUCCGGAAUGACAUCAUGCUCCUGCAGCUGAGGAGCAGAGCCCGGAGGAGUGGAUCGGUGAAGCCUGUGGCUCUGCCUCAGGCCAGCAAAAAACUGCAGCCAGGGGAUUUGUGCACAGUGGCUGGCUGGGGCCGGGUGAGCCAGAGCAGGGGAACAAAUGUACUCCAGGAGGUGCAGCUAAGAGUGCAGAUGGACCAAAUGUGCGCCAAUCGCUUCCAAUUCUACAACAGCCAGACUCAGAUCUGUGUGGGAAACCCGAGAGAAAGGAAGUCUGCCUUCAGGGGUGAUUCUGGUGGCCCCCUGGUAUGUAGCAAUGUGGCCCAGGGCAUCGUCUCCUAUGGAAGCAACAAUGGUAACCCUCCAGCUGUAUUCACCAAAAUCCAGAGCUUCAUGCCCUGGAUCAAAAGAACAAUGAGACGCUUUGCACCAAGAUAUCAGAGACCUGCUGACUCCCUAUCUCAGACCUAGGGACUUCCAUAGCCCUUAUUAAUACCUACUGGAGAAUGUACAUUUUCAUUUAUUAAAUAUUAUAUAGUGCUGUC